AUGAACAAUUCUUGGGACGAGGAAUAUGACCAUUAUUUUUACGUUCACGCCAAGAACUACUUGAAGAAGACGAUGAAAAACUUUUGGCAGAUUGCAAAUGGAUCUGAAGAAGCAGGAGAAAGAGAAAUGGCAUUUAUAGGAGAAGAAUUUGAAGAAUCGGUAAGAGGAGAAGAUGAGGAGGAAGAAGUUUUGGGUACAAAAAAAACUUCAUAG